AUGUGUUUUUUUAAUUGUCGGACAUUGUCGUCAGUUCAAGUCAUUAAAACUGGUCGAGUUAACAUAAAUUCGAAAUGUACGUUUUCAAAUUGUUGUCUUCUGAAAGAGUUUGAAAUGCCAAAUUGCGUGACUUCAAUUGAAAAUGAAGCAUUUGAACAACGUUCAUCGUUAUCAAAAAUAAUACUAGGAAAUCGUGUUGAAUGUCUCAAAGAUUUGUGUUUUGCAAAUUGUAUUAAUUUGGAAGAAAUUUCUUUGCCAAAAACAGUGACUUAUAUUGGAAAUUAUACAUUUUUGAAUUGCGUCAACUUACAACGGAUUUAUCUACCUAAAAAAAGAGAACAAGUGUAUGAAAUUGACUUUACAGUCUCAUUUGAUGUAUUUCAAAUGUUUUUGAAAAAUGGGGUUCAAUGCAAAAAUAUAUAUUUUGUAGAAAGUGAUUUUAAAAAAUACACAAGAAUUGUUAUAGAAAAUAACCAGAAAAUAUGCGAAAUACCGGAGGGUGUAAGUCAUUUAUCAAAACAAUGUUUACGUAGAUAUCAUGGAUAUGAUAUCAUUCAUUUUCCUCAAAGUUUAAAAAGAGUUGAAAAUUUAUCAAGCAAAUUUGGAAUCAUGGUUUAUCAAUAA